UCUUGUGUAGUAACCUCUCUAACGCCGAUGCGGGUAUAAAUCCGACAACCCCGAAAGUAUUCUACAGCGCGAAUAAAAUUUCUAUGCUCAUCCCCAACCCCAAGAAUUUCCGGACGCGUUUUAUUCUCCCCAAGUCAUAACCUGGUCCCGACUCUCAUCCCCUUGCCCCGCUUGAUCACUGUGGAUGAAUGCUGGCCGUGUAUUAAACACGGUUUCAAAACAAUCGACAAGGACAGUACGAGACUACGUGAUGCCCUUGAUGAAGACGGAGAGCAAUCUGGGGACGAGCACUAGUGAUAAAGGCAGAUCGAUGCUCCCAUUGGGAGAGUCUUACCAGCUGGGAUCUUUGGGAAGUAAAUUACACGCCGCAUUGGCAUCCCGAGAAGCUAGGUCAAUUCGGAGAAGGUUACCUGAGCCCAGCGUGCUGGGGAAACAGUCGCUGAUCGAUUUCACAUCGAAUGAUUAUCUUUCGCUAUCUACCUCCCCUCUUCUGCGCGAGCGCUUCUUACAAAAGAUCACAGUAAAGGAAAGAGGGCAAAUUCUUGGUUCCGCUGGUUCGAGAUUGCUGGUCAAUCCCGAUGCUCACCACCGCCUUGAACGCAGGCUAGAAAGUGUACUCUCAAGGCCGAGCCGAAACGAGUACGACACACCGCAGGUUGGAAUUCUGUUCAACUCAGGAUUUGAUGCCAAUGUUUCGUUCUUUACGUGCAUUCCUCAGCCCGGAGAUCUGAUUAUAUUGGACGAGUACAUUCACGCAAGUGUAUGGGAUGGUGUCAAGGCAUCUCGCAUAACCCAGGACUGUGUCAAAAGCUUUCAGCACAACAGCAUCGAAUCCUUCUGUGCUGUACUUGAAUCCUUGUUGAACGACACGAAUCCAUCGAAUACUUCAGCUUCAGUAGCAGAACGGCUACGAAGCGGAACUUCAUCCCUUUUUGUCGCGGUGGAAUCACUCUAUAGCAUGGACGGCACUCUUGCUCCAUUACGGGAAAUCAAUAGACUCCUUGCCAAGUUUUUUCCAAAGCGAAAUGGAUACCUCAUUGUAGACGAGGCACAUGCUACGGGAAUUUAUGGUCCCCCUCGUCGUCCAGGGUGCGGAAGAGCCAGCCAAUUGGGACUCGACGGUGGUUUAGGUAGCCGUGUGGGUGUAUCAGAGAGUGACAUGGAUAGUAAGGAAGAGUGUAGAGUGCUAGCAAGAUUACACACUUUUGGCAAGGCUUUAGCCGGUAGUGGUGCGAUCCUAUUAACCACCCCUCUUCUCACAUCCUACCUCAUUAACUAUGCUCGUCCGCUCAUUUAUACCACUGCUCUCGCACAUCCAAAUGUUGUCCUUGUCGAGGCUGCAUUUGAUCUGAUGGUUGAGGGGGAAACAGAGCAGCUGUCAACGCAUCUUCUAGCUCUCUCCUCCUAUCUUGCUAGCCUUUUGCAAAGCGAGCUUGAACAGGCUAAAAUAUCACCAGAGUUUGUUUGCCUCCCGCCUCAUCUCGUUCCUUCCGCCCGUACAUCCUCAUCUACUCUGAACCCUUUUGCAUUACCCUCCUCAGUAUCAUCGUCGUCCGACUCUCUACAUCCUCCAGCGCCGAUCAUACCACUUCUCACUCCUUACCCUCGUCCUCUCUCCGCGCACCUCCUUACCUUAGGUAUGAACGCGCGUCCUAUCACUUGGCCCACUGUUCCACGCGGAAAGGAACGCGUUAGGGUGUGUUUACAUUCUGGGAAUACAAGGAAAGACGUUGAGGCUCUAGUGAACGGCGUCGUUGAAUGGGCGAGGGCAUGGACCGAGCAGGCGAAGAACAGUCUUACAACAGAGUCUUUGCAGACACAAAGCAAGUUGUAAUUGGUCGAAACAAUCACUCAAAUCGGAUUCUAUCUAAUGUGUAUAUAAUGUGAAGAAUUAGAUCUAUAUACGUAUGGUGUACUGAUAAAAAGUACUUACUCCGUAGAAUUUAAGAAUUCGGGCA